AUGAAGCUUAAACAGGAGAGUAGCGGGGUUCCAAAACAUUGUUUUGAUAAUGCGGGCAAGAUUAUUAACAAGAAUUUAGAAACAUACAUUGAUAAUUAUUUGAAACAUGAGGGUAUACGAAUGGAUGCUGAAAAAAUAUGCCACAAUCCGGGUCAAAGAACGGUCAUGAAAGCAUUAUUAAACUCUCUUUGGGGUAAACUUGCCCAAAAUGAAGACACGACCGUUGUGUCAUUUGUGGACACCCUAGAUGAUUUGUUAGAGAUGGUCAAUGAUAAUAGUAUAGAAGUAAACUCUUUAGAUUUUAUUAACGACAAUAUUGCUAGAACAACACAUAGAAAAGGAGAUUCCCUAAUAACUUUGUCAAAUCCAAAUGUUAUUAUCGCAUCUUUUGUUACGGCAUAUGCCCGCUUAGAACUUUUCGAAGUAUUGAACAAAUUGGGUGAAAGCGUGUUAUAUUUUGAUACAGAUUCUGUGAUAUUUAUUGAAGAUAAAAGUAAGGGGCAUACUAUAAAAACCAGUCAAUACCUUGGCGAAAUGGCGGAUGAAUUAUCGGAAAAAAGUUGUAGUGAAAAAUGGAUUGAGCAAUUUUGUAAUGCGGACCAGAAUCGUAUUCGUAUCGCACUAAUGAAUACAUUCUUUUAUUCAUACAAAUAG